GAGUUUCAAGCGGGUAGUACUUUUUUAGUCAUUCAUUUUCAUUCGCAAAAUAUAUGAAUUGAUGACAUUGCAUUGUGCUUGGCAUAUGUGUCAAAAUUGUGCAGAAUCAGUGAGUUUUUUUAGGUUUGCACAAAUUUUCUAUUUUUGUAGCCAAUUAUAACCGCUUUCACAAAGUUGCUCGCCACUUGUUCCCGUCAACCAGGUUUAAUUGCAAAAUCGACAGACUACAAGAAAAUGAAGACAGAGUUAUUUAGUAUAAAGUUACUACCAAUAGUUAAUUAAUAUUCUCAAAUAAGGUGACAGUGUAGAAGGGUGUUUUACUCUUAAUAUUGUUUAAAUGGUUGACAGCUGACAAUUGUAAUAGAGAUAAAAAUAACUACUUUGAAGCCGAAACAUUUCUUGGUCGUCUUUCUUUUAAAGUUUCCAGUUUGGAAAUUUACUCGUGUAAAAAUGUCGUCAUUUAGAAGCAUAACUGUGAUACUGAUUGCAAGUCUUACCUGUGUAAGCGGAUGGACAAAUGAAGAAUUUGAAAUGUUUGAUCUUGUGGAAGAGCUUGGGUCUGUUACUUUGUACGAUUUUCUUGGCGUUACAAGGGAAUCCUCUCUUAGAGAAAUUAAAUCAGCAUAUCGACAACUGUCAGUAAAAUUGCACCCAGAUAAAAAUCCGGAUGACCCAAAUGCAGAUGUCAAAUUUCGACAGCUUGUUGGAGCAUAUGAAGCGCUGAAAGAUGACGAACUGAGAAAAUCCUAUCAUAACGUACUAGAGUUUGGACUACCUAAUUGGAGACAACCCUUGUUUUACUUCAGAAGAGCCAAAAAGCUUGCAAUGUGGCAAGUUGGUAUCUUGCUAUUACUUAUUAUCACAACUGGUCAGUAUCUAGCAGCUUGGGGGUCGUACUUUGAAAGGAAGCUGUCUUUGAACGAGUAUGUCGAAUCCAGUUUAAAGAAAACGAGACGAUCAAAGAAAGCUCAGAAGGAAGGUCCAAAGAUAGAAGAAGUACAAGCAGAAUUGGAGGAGCAGUUUCUGCAAAAACCGAGUAUGUUUAAUACGGCGCCUUUCCAACUUAUCCGUCUUGGAAAAUAUUUGGUGACAGAAUUUCCCUUUGACUUGGUGAAAUUCUAUCGACAAAUUCAAGAACAAAGGCGAAAAGAAGAAGAAAGGUUGCUGCAAGAAAAACUUCUUGAAGAAGAAAGCAACAUUCCCCCCGAACCAAAGAAGCCACGAAAACGAAAGACAUUCCAGCUUCCAGAAAAGGAGGUUGAAGACGACGAUGGGGAAUCUUCAAGAAGUACUGGAAGCAAUGUUGCGAGUAAAACAUCCACUCAAGAGACAUUUAUUAGUGGAGGUCUUUGGACGGAUGAUGACAUUACACAACUUAUUAAACUGUGUUCCAAAUAUCCUGGUGGUUUUCCUGACCGUUGGUAUCAGAUAUCAAUGAUUAUGAGACGUCCAGUGGCAGAAGUAGCUCAUAUGGCUAAAAAGGUGUUGGAAGAUCUUAACAAUAAGCAAGGAGAAGAGGAAGAGUCAGUCACUCCUUCCGUGAAAGUUAAAAUAAAAACAAAAGGUUCAAAUUUUGACGAUGCUGACAUGUUGCAGAAGGUUCAGGCUUGGUCCAAGGAUGACCAAAAAAGAUUAGAAACUGCUCUUCAGAUGUACCCAAAAAGUACAUUAGGAGACCGGUGGGGAAAAAUUUCAUCUCACGUUGGCAAAUCUAAGGAUGAAUGUACACAGAGAUAUAAAUAUGUUGCUGAUUUAGUCAAAAAGAAGAAAGAACAGGAACAAUCAAUUGAUGAAGGGGUUACUACUGCUGAUGAAGGAGUAAAACAUUCAGACUCUAACAUGAAAAAUGUUGAAGAUGGUGCUAUAAAAGAAGAGUCAUCAUCGGCAAAUCAGGAAACUGAUGAUGGAGCAAGUGCCCCUUCAAAGUCCAAGGAUAGUGCUUCUCGUCAAGACUCAUCAUCUUCCAAUGGUUCCAAUAAUGGAUCUGACAAUGAAUGGUGCGUAGUGGAAGGCCAAAAAAAUUAUUGAUUAUUUAUUUUAAGGUUGGUCAUCGCAAUUCCGUUGGAUAUUAUACUAGUAUUUAUAGAUUUGUUUAUACCGACUUGCUUUAUAUGGAUGGAUUUUGUCUUCAUAUCAUGCAGGCGGAACAUGUAAACGGAACACAUUACGUAUGUAAAUAAGCAUGUAAGAUAAAUAUGCAACUUAUACUAUGGAACUACUAUGCUACUACAUAAAUACCUUCACUAAUAAAUAAAUAAAUAAAUAACUAUAAAACAA